GAGAGAGAGCGCGCGAGAGAGAGAGAGAGAGAGAGAGAGAGAGAGAGAGAAUAUUUGAAAAGUAGCUCGAAGAGGAGUCCUCUCUUGUUUUUCUUUCUGUGUUUUUUGAGAGAUAAUUCAAGGAUUUAGCUCAUUUUGGAAGGCUGGUUGCCGUAGCAACGUGGAGGAUGUUUUGAUAUUAGAGAAACAGAAGGCGAUGGAGGAAGAGGAGAGCGAGACUGCUUCCUGGUCUCCAGUGCAGAGAGAGAGGCUCUUCACCCUUACCAAUGCCUCAGAUAUCUCGGGGAAAAAGCGGAAGCAAGGGACAGUGGCUGGCAAUGCCUCUAGUGUCCAGCUCCCAGAAAACAAGCAGGUGGAUGAAGCCAUUGCCGAUUCUGGAACAGGAAAAGAUGCAGAGGAGCCCAGCAACAAGAGGGUUAAACCGGUUUCCAAGGGAACGGGCCUGGCGAGUCUCAUGGGCCCUGUCAAAUCGAACUCACUGAAGCGGAUUGGCCAGUCUAUUUCAAGGUCAAUAAGUUUCAAGACAGAGGCUCGUCCGUUCCCUGCAGCCCCACUGCGUCCAAGAGGGAAGAACACGUCCUCAACGAAGAGCAGAAACAGCCUUCUGUGGAGCGACACGGUCCAAAGCAUAAGCGAAGAGCUCUCCGCCAAGGAGAUCAAGCGACAGGAGGUCAUAUUUGAACUCACUCAGGGGGAGCAGCAGCUGGUCGAUGAUCUCAGUUUAGCCAAGAAGGCCUAUUAUGAACCAAUGCUGAAACUGGACAUCAUGACAGAGAAUGAAUUGAUGCAGAUAUUUGGGACUCUGGACUCUCUGAUCCCGAUACACGAAGACUUGUGGAACAGGCUACAGACCCUGCGGGGUUCCGAAGGCACAGUGCAUGAAGUUGGGCCGACGCUGAUGGAAUGGUUCCCCUGCUUGGACUCCUACAUCACUUAUUGCUGUAACCUGGUGGCAGCUAAGGCCCUGCUGGAUCACAAGAAGCAGGAUCGCCGGGUUGAUGAGUUCCUCAGGCUCUGCCAGGAAUCUUCCUUCAGCCGCAAGCUGGACCUGUGGAACUUCCUGGACCUGCCUCGCAGCCGGCUCGUCAAGUACCCCCUGCUGCUGAAAGAGAUCCUCCGACACACCAGCAGUGAGCAUCCGGACCUGCCCCACCUGGAGGAGGCUAUGGAGCUGAUUCAGAGGAUUGUUGGGCAGGUGAACAGUAAGACCGGGGAGGCUGAAAGCCAGUACUAUCAGAGUAGUCUCUGCUUCCAGGACGACAAUCAGAGGCUUCCCGAAAUCCAGCGCUCCCGCCUGCUGCACUGCCACGGGGAGCUGAAGAACAGCAAGGGACAGAAGCUGCAUGUGUUCCUGUUUGAGCUGGUGCUGGUGCUCACCCGGCCGGUCAACCACAGCGAGGUGCUGCAGUUCCAGGUCUACAGGCAGCCCAUUCCCAUCGCAGACCUGCUGCUGGAGGAGCUGCCUGAUGGGGAGGUGGGGAUGGGGGGCUCCUUCAGGGGGGCUUUCACCUCCACUAAUGACAGAGCUAAGAACUUUUUCCGUGUGAGCUCCAGAGGGCGCUGGAAGGGCCAGGCUCAUUCUCUACAGGCCAGUGACUCGUUCAACAAGCAGCAGUGGGUCUCCUGCAUACGACAGGCGAUCAUUUCCUUCAAGGACCAGCUGAACUCCUCCCACCGAUCCCUCCUCAACCAGUCAGCAGACAGCUCCCUGGAAGACAUCGCCGACCUCAGCAUAGACAGUGAUGACAAGGUGGGCGUCGACAUGGAGAUGAGCUAAUUCUCAUAGAAUGAGACCGGUCAGGUGUGCAGAAACAAGAAACAGUAUUUCCUCAGGUACGAUUGAGCUGACCUCCAGACCUCAACACAUUUUCCACACCAAGAUUUAAACAGUGAACAUCUACUCUCUAUCCCACCAGGACACCUGGGGAGAGCUAAAACAUACAACAACGACAGCACCCCCAAAAAAAUCCCUAUCCAAUCUCUUAUGGAAACAUAUUUCAGAUAUACUACAAUGUAUUCCUUUUCCACGGGACUGGGGUGGAAUGAAAGUAUGCUAAGUCAUGGUAAUUAGAAUUCUCCAGGUAAGAUCAAAACAAGCUCCAAGAAAGUUUAUGACAACUGUUGAGCAACAGAACUCUAUGGGGCAUUAUCACAAGGGCAACUUACAGAGAAAAAAGUUCUAGUAACGGUAGAAUGGAAACUAUUUUUAACAAUGUGUUAUUCUCUUAGCAAUCUGUUCUUCGUGUUAUUGUCAAUUCUUGUGGUGUUUCUGUUUAAUACAUUAAUGAAACUUAUUUUAUAACAAAUAAACUCAGGAAGGGUCACAGUCACAAGCCCAGCUGCUGAAGACCAUUAGCCUGGGUUCAAUAUCCCACAAGGGCAACACAGAUAACACAAGUGACCCUCAUUUCACACGUCAGACAUUAAAACCUGCAGAAUGGGACAGUCACUGCACAACCACAAAAUAAAAUCUGAAUAUAAGAUUGGAUUUAAGGUCUUGGCUGUUUCCCGACCUCAGUGAUCAACACAAGACUAGAGUCCUCUCCGUCUGCGCAGUUAUCAGCACAAGACGGUCUUGUUUAUAGAGUUUAAAAUUGUUUGCACGGUGCACGCCAUUCCUUGAUGGGUUCUUAAUUCAAAUGGCAAAUUAUAUAAUUUGAAAUGAACCAAUGUUUUCUUUUUCUUUUACUGAUUCAGAAUGUAAUUUAGGUCAGAUUAAUCAUUGUCCAAAACACCCUCGUGGAAGGGGAAGCCCCAUUAAUGAAAUGCAUGGAGUCUGGUGUUUUUAUUUUUAUAGACAGAGUAUAAUAUAUGGGUCAGAAAAUAUUACCACACAACAAUACAACUCAAGCUGGUUUUGAACCAUAACAAGUGCCUUGCCAGCUCCAAACUAGAGAGACAUUAUUUUGUGGUAAUAUAUUGUGACCCAUAUUAUUUGAUAUAUUCUAUGUUUCUUACCACCUUUAAAGGUUUUUGCUUGGCUGAGAGUUUCUUUUGUGUGUAGACUGCGACCCACUGCUAUAGCAAAUGCUGCAUUCAUAGUUACGUCUGGACAAGUUACUCUGCUAUGCUUUGGAGAGAACUUGGAAAAGUCGUCCUCGCUUUUUUUUUAAAUUUUUUUACUGAGAUUAAAUUUGAAAGGUGUACAGGUCUUUUUCAGGUAGCUGGUGAUUCUGAGGGUUACGUCACAGUGUUUCUUGCUGGAUUUUCAUUUUCUUGCUCUUUUUAAAAAUGUUUGUUUAAAUUCUUCAGUCGCUGGUGUGAAGCUGCCUUUUUCGUAUUGUUCAUAUCUUUGUUUUGAGAGUAACCUUUUGUCCACUUUAUAAUGCUUGUUUUAAUUACUGAUAGACAUCUGUUGACCUAAUGUGGCCCAGGCAGACACUGCACACUGAAGACAGUCUAAUAUGAAAAAUAUCACUCAUGUUUAUAGGUAUGAACAUAACUAAUGCAAUGGUAACAUAUAUAUAUAUAUAUAUAUAUAUAGAGAGAGAGAGAGAGAGCGAGCGAGGGAGCGAGCAGAGGAAUAAAAUUAGGGGACUCUCGCCUUUCUAACUUGAACAGGGGCUGAGAUAUGAGUAAUUAAAAUGUAAGGAAGGUACCUCACACUGCUGCCCAGGGAAGUGCUGUCUCUCUUGGGCAAACCUCUCCCGAGGACUUGGCGGUGGUUGUCCACAUUCUUUUUUCGCCACA